UAGGUCUGAUUCUUUUGUGCUUCGGGUCUUUUGCCCUCUUUCCACUGCCUUGGCCGCGUGUCAGCAACCGUCUGUCGUUUUUACAGUUCGAUUCCCGCGCCCCCGGUCGUCAAUUUUUAUAAUGAAGAUCUUCAAAGACAUUUUCUCCGGUGACGAGAUGUUCUCGGACACCUACAAGUUCAAACUUAUCGACGGCGUCCUGUACGAGGUGUACGGCAAGCUGAUCACCCGUAAAAUGGGCGACGUGACGCUUGACGGCGCCAACCCGUCCGCUGAAGAGGGCUGCGAGGGCACCGAGGAAGCCGUGGAAAGCGGCGUGGACGUUGUGCUCAACCACCGUUUAAUGGAAACAUACGCGUUCCCGGACAAGAAAUCGUUUACUCUGUACCUCAAGGAGUACAUGAAACGGUUAGUGGACAAGAUGACCGAGAACGGCAGCACCGAGGUGGAUGUCUUCAAAACCAAUAUCAACAAAGUAAUGAAAGAUCUGCUCACGAGAUUCAAAGAACUUCAGUUCUUCACUGGCGAAAACAUGGAUAUCGAAAACGGCAUGGUGGCUAUGCUCGAAUACAGAGACAUUGGUGACGACAAUGUACCAGUGUUGAUGUUGUUCAAACACGGGCUCGACGAAGAAAAAUUUUAAACAAAUAUUAUUUGGUUCAAUGAUACUAUCAUUUUCAAUAUAUUUCCAACAUGUUUCGCUAUAACAACUUUAUUAAGCGAUAUAAAAAUAAUUGUUUGAAACAAA